AUGACAAACACGCAUCAAGUCCGUUGUCGAGCGAAAAAGGCGGAUCACCCGUUGGGGAGUGAGCGGCUUCGGAAGGCAGCUCCCAUGGAAGCAAGCGCUUUGACAGCGGACCGUAUGCCAGACGGUAGCCUACGUGCCUUGUCCUGGUUUGGUGACAACAAAGGGACGACGGAAGCACUGCACGCUGCCCUGGGUCGAGGUGAUACGAUCGAGCAGAGAAAGGGCGGUUCUGCCGGACGUGGGCCUGGAGCCGAUUUUGUGUCUGAGCAUGUGAGGAGGGUGCCCACCUCUGGAGGAGUUUUCAUUUUGUCGAGCGGGCAACUCCUGCUCGGAGCAGGAGGGGUGACUGGUGGCUGGCUAGCGUGCAAGGCUGCCGAACUGCAGAGGCCGCGUAUGGGCGGGCCAGGGGCCGUUGAGCCAUAUCAUGGGUCUUGA